CACUCUCUUCACAUCUGUCUACCACCACCUUCUCUUAACAAGACUAUUUCUUCUACCUUAUAGGUUAUAAUAAUUAAUCCAUUCCACUCUUUUCACUAUGAAGUUCUCCGGUGUCGUUUCUGCCCUGGCCCUUACUGGCGCGGCCGUUGCCCGAACUGGCAAGGCAGGCAAGCAGUUGCCAACGAUGAAAAUCGCCAACAUUGAGGUCGUCGAUACUCCCAUCGUCCGCAAUGCUAUCAAGGCAGUUGAGGAAUUCAUCCCUCUCCAGCCCUACCUGUACGGUCACGUCAUGCGCUCAUGGCUUUUCGGCGCCGCUGCCUUCAACAAUAACGCCACACUGAAGGCUCAGAUUGAUCUUGAAGCUCAUGCAAUUGGUACCCUCCUUCAUGAUUUGGGCUGGGACAUGCGAGAGGACUCCCCUUGGACCACCAAGGAACACCGUUUCGAAGUGGACGGUGGUGCUGGUGCCCUGAAGUUCAUCCAACAACACCCUUGCUCUAAGAAGGAAUGGCCAGAGCUAAGACAGAUGUGGGUGUACGACGCCAUCGCUCUGCAGGCCAUCUCCGACAUUCCAGACUUCAAGAGCAUCCAGACCCAGUGGAUGAUCCGUAGUGUGGGUUUCGAGUUCCCCGGCCCCCGAUCUCCCCUUAUCAAGGACGAGGACUAUGACAGCAUCCUCGCCGCCUUCCCUAAUGACUACCUCUUCCGUGGAACCAACGAGACCUUCACCUGGAUGGCUGCCACCAAGCCCAAUGCCGUUUACAACACCUUCAUCCAGGACUUCGGUACUGCUUACGUCCCUGGAUUCAACGCCACUGGACACCGUCUAUUUGAUGUCAUUCAGGGUGGUCUCGCCGCCGAAUUGGCUGCCAACGCUUCAUGAUUAGAUCACUGAAUAGAAUAGAAGUGAUGCGUGGGAACAUAAAAAGCUUUCUUGUAUAUAAUAUUACAUGUAUAAAACAUGCAGCAUGCAAUCAAAGAUAAUACUUUGAUCAAAUCUCAGCGCUACAGUUACUUCAGUCAAGUUAUUUAUGCUAGCAAAAAUUUGACUUGAUG